AUCAAGUGUUAUUCAAUCGUACGGAUUUACUAAUAUAUUUGAUUUUAUAAUGGAUUUGAAUGGAUUUGUUUGGAUUUUUUAGUUAAAAAUAUAAAGACUCAAAUCCAAGGGAAAACUUCCGGAUUUGCAUAUUUUACUUGGAUUUAUAAAUACUAUAUGGAUUUCUAAAUCAAUCAAAAUAUAUAAACCAAUAACACCUCCAAAAAGUAGCUUCAAGAUUUUCUUAAAAAUGAAAGAAUAACAAAAUGCUGUUGAGAUUACAAUUGGAUUAGUCGAAAAAUACCAAAAACUUACUCCAUUGCGUGUGUAAUUUUUGUUAACGUCCUAAUCAUUCAUGCAACAAAGAUCUUCAGUUUUACUUGCUCAUCUCCACUUCUUCACCUCAUUCCAACUAAAAAUUAAGAUCCAUCCAUCCACUUCUAACCUCUUUAUAUUUUAAAAGCAAAAUUCUCAUACUCAUGUAUUUCUUAGUCGGAGAUGCCAACACAAAAGGACCGAAACUCAUCAUCAACAUCAUUAUUUCUAGUGAUCAAGCUUCUCAAUCCACUGCUCCACCAUUUCCUAAAUCUCCUUUUCUAUUUCUUCAUCCUCUGCUUGGGCGUGGUAGUUGGAAUCAUUGUUCAUUCUUCUCUAGAAGCAUCAUUUUUGCCUUAUUAUCCAACCGUUCAAAGUAUUUCCCAACUCGUCCUCGUUACAUCUCCUCCUCCCCCUACUUCUUCUCCUUUGCCUCAGAACUACGAGAUCGAAAUGUUUCUGAGGCCACCGAAGAUUAACAUCAUGCAUAAUAUGGAAGACAACGAGCUCUUUUGGAGAGCUUCAAUGGAUCCUAAGAUCCCAACUCGUCCUCGUUACAUCUCCUCCUCCCCCUACCCUUUCUCUCGAACCCCUAAGGUUGCUUUCAUGUUCUUGACAAGGGGACCUUUACCUCUGUCUCCUCUAUGGGAAAGAUUCUUUCGAGGGUAUGAAGGUCUUUUCACUAUUUAUAUUCACACCAAUCCGUCUUACAAAGAGUCCAUGCCCCAAGGCUCGGUGUUUCAUGGCCGCCGCAUUCCAAGCAAGAGAGUGGACUGGGCAAACGCAAACAUGGUAGACGCAGAACGUAGGUUACUAGCAAACGCAUUAUUAGACAUCAACAACGAGCGUUUCCUUCUCUUCUCCGAAGCAUGCAUCCCUCUCUUCAACUUCACCACUAUCUACUCUUACCUCAUCAACUCCACUCAAACCCACGUAGACUCUUACGACCUCCCCUUCGGCCGCGUCCGCUACAACCGCCGCAUGUAUCCGCACAUCCACAUGCACCACUGGCGUAAAGGCUCUCAGUGGUUCGAGCUAGACCGACCCAUGGCCCUGGAGACUGUCUCCGACACAUUCUACUGGCCCAUCUUCAAGGCAUACUGUCGGUGUCCGGACGAGCACUACUUACCGACGCUACUCAACUUGACGCCCAGCCUUGGGUCGCGUAACUCAAACAGGACGCUGACGUGGACUGACUGGGGGAAGCGUAGGGCCCAUCCGAGAUCGUUUGGUGGGCCGGAGGUGAAUGUGGAGUUCUUGAAGUGGCUUAGGAGGAGUGACAAAGAGUAUUGUGAACACAAAGGAGUGGAUAAGACGAGGCCUUGCUUUCUCUUUGCUCGCAAGUUUUCGUCUAAUGCUUUGGAUAAGUUGCUCCGAUUUGCAUCCACCGUCAUGUAUUUCUGAUCACUAUUUUUCUCUGUACCAUUUAUUUUCAUUUUUAUAGGUGUGUAAAGUUCUUAUACUUGGAUAUAUAUGUAUUAUCUGAAAGUUGCACUUUGAUUUGUGUUCA